AUGAGAUUGGUGACAGCUCUUCACCUGUCAUGCUGGUGCAUGAGGUUGCGCGACGCAUCCUGCGGUGUGAGGCGGCAAGGAAGGCGGCGUUGCAGCCAGGCUUUUCAUUGGGUCCGACCUCGGCUGCAUCGAGCCCGUCCAGGUGCAUCUAUUGCAAUGAACCUCUCAGUAGGUACACUGCAAGGGAACCGUCCAGCCGCACUCAGUCGAAUGCUGCUAAAAAGGCAUAUGGGGGCUAGGAGCAUAUGGACGCAUGCCCCACCACUGCUGGUUACUGUGGCGGAGGCAGAUGCGUCCACACCCAGCGGGAUGCCGACUCCAGCGGCCCGAUUCUCGUGCAACGCCGUUCUUUUUUCCUGUAGGUUGCCGAGGCAGCUCUACGCUAUGGGAGAAUCAGGUGGUGACGUUGGCCAUGGGUCGAGUGAUGACGCUGUUGAGGUGCGCUUAAGCGCUUGA